AUGAAGUUUAUCUUAUCUUUUAUUAUAUGUGUUUUUGCUCCAUUCUGCCUUUUAACUGAUGCAACAGUUCACAAGGUGACUUUGAAGAAAAUUCCUGAGACUCCGUCUCAGAAAAUGCAUCGUUAUUCACAGUCUAGUGAAUAUUUGACCCAAAAAUACUUUGGAGGUUCUCGUCAUUUACAAGAAGCAAACCAGAUGGUCUUUUCAGAUCCUAUGGGAAAUGUUAUUUUUGAUACUGGAUCAUCCAACCUUUGGGUCCCAUCAACUCAUUGUACUUCAAUCGCAUGUUUUCUUCAUCGCCGAUUUGACUCUAGUCAAUCUAGCACUUUCAAAGAAAAUGGUACAGAAUUUCAAAUUCACUACGGUUCAGGUAGUCUUGAAGGAAUCAUUAGCCAAGAUGUAUUAGAAGUCGGAGAUAUUAGAGUAAAAGGACAAGAUUUUGGUGAAUCUGUUAAAGAGCCUGGAUUGGCGUUUGCAUUUGGAAAAUUUGAUGGAAUUUUUGGUCUUGCCUAUGACCGUAUCUCCGUUGAAGGAGUUGUUCCUCCUUUUUACCAUAUGGUAAAUCAGGGUAUUAUUGAUCAACCCGUUUUCUCAUUUUGGCUUAGCGACAAUGAUAAUGAUAAAAAUAGAGGUGAUCUUGGAGGCGAGCUUACUUUCGGUGGUGUAGAUACCUCUCGUUAUAUUGAUGAUAUUCACUGGGCUCAUGUUCGUAGAAAGGCAUAUUGGGAAGUUGAAUUGGAAAAAAUUGUUUUUGGAGAUGAAGAAAUUGAGAUGGAGAAUACUGGUGCAGCUAUCGAUACUGGCACUUCUCUCAUAGCUAUGCCCACCAUAUUUGCAGAUUUAAUUAACAAACAAAUUGGUGCCAAGAAAAAUUAUGCUGGUCAAUAUGUUAUUGAUUGUAACAAAGUUCCAAGUUUGCCUGAUUUCAGUUUUGUAUUCAAUGGUAAAUUAUUUACAUUAAAAGGAUCAGAAUAUAUUUUGAAAGCUCAAAACCAAUGUGUAUCUUCAUUCUUUGGUCUUGAUAUCCCUGAGCCACUCGGUCCUAUCUGGAUUGUUGGUGAUGCUUUUCUUCGUAAGUUCUAUACGAUCUAUGAUUUAGGAAAUGAUCGGGUAAUAUCUGCCUAA